AGCGCAACAAAAAAAUGAAAAACUCCUUCAAGUACUUUCUAUUCAUCUGGGUGCCGAGUGUGUUUUGUUUACCCGAGCCGGUGUCACAACCAGCGUACCAGACUAAUCAGUACCUUAGUGCUCAAGUGUUACCCCAAGUGCAGUACAAGCAACCUGAAGCGCCAGGGUACGUGCAGGUUCAGCCCCAAUAUGUGCGUCAGCAGAUUACACGACCAGUGCACGAACCCAAGAGGGAAGGGUUGCAGAAUUAUGCGACGCAGGAUCAGAGUACUCAAGUAAUUUUUGGUACCAGUGUUGAUAGACAAGUUCAGAGUCCUGACCAACUACAGUACGACUUUCAACCUCUCCUAGCUUCACAAGCUAGACAGGCCUUUCAAGUGGCCCAACAAAAAAAGUAUGUCAGUGAACCACAACAAUAUCAAACCGAGCAAUAUCAGACACAGCCUCAGCAAUACGUAGUGGAAAAACCACAAGUGAGAUACAUAACAAAACAAGUUCCUGCAAAACAAAGACCCCAGCAAAUUAAACAGAGAGAAGAAGAGGAUUAUGAUCCCAAUCCCUCCUACCAAUUCGGGUUCGAUGUGAAGGAUGAGUUGAACACCAACUAUCAGAAUAGAAAGGAACAAAGAGAAGGAAACAAAAUUACAGGAAGUUAUUCAGUAGUCGACUCCGAUGGAUUCAUUCGAACUGUUUCAUACACGGCUGAUCCCAAAGAAGGAUUCAAAGCUGAGGUUCAUAGACAGCCAACGGAUAUAGUUGUGAAAAUUCCAAAACCUCUACCACAAUUUCAGGCAGUACCGAAACAGCGAGUACAAUAUGUUGAGGAACAGCAGCAACCUCAUCCUCAACAGCGACGUCCUGUAGAAGAACGCAGACAACCGGCAAAUGUAGUAUACCAAUACCAGUAACAGUAUUAAAAAUUAUUAUUAUUUUAUUUAAGUUAUGUUAAAGUAGAAGACUGUGGUUAAUUGUAAAAUGUUUAUUUUUUAUAUUUUUCGUUUUAAUA